ACCCGGCCCCUCUUUGCCCGCGGCCUAAUUUCCGGUAGCGGCGGCGGGAAGCUGGGUAGUGGAGGGCGUUUAGGCCUCCGCGGAGGCGAAUCCGGCGGGAAUCUGAGCCAUCAAAACCGCCACCAUGACUGUGGGCAAGAGCAGCAAGAUGCUGCAGCACAUCGACUACAGGAUGAGGUGCAUCCUGCAAGAUGGCCGCAUCUUCAUUGGCACCUUUAAAGCUUUUGACAAGCAUAUGAAUUUGAUCCUCUGUGACUGUGAUGAGUUCAGGAAGAUCAAACCAAAGAACUCAAAACAAGCAGAAAGAGAAGAAAAGCGAGUCCUUGGUCUGGUGCUACUUCGAGGGGAGAACCUGGUCUCGAUGACAGUAGAGGGACCGCCUCCCAAAGAUACUGGUAUUGCCCGAGUGCCACUUGCUGGAGCUGCUGGGGGCCCAGGCAUUGGCAGGGCUGCUGGCAGAGGAAUUCCGGCUGGUGUUCCCAUGCCUCAGGCUCCUGCAGGACUUGCUGGGCCAGUCCGUGGGGUUGGUGGGCCGUCCCAGCAGGUGAUGACCCCACAAGGAAGAGGCACUGUCGCAGCAGCUGCUGCGGCUGCUACAGCCAGUAUUGCAGGGGCCCCAACCCAGUACCCACCUGGCCGUGCGGGUCCUCCCCCACCUAUGGGCCGUGGGGCACCCCCUCCAGGCAUGAUGGGCCCACCUCCUGGUAUGAGGCCUCCCAUGGGUCCCCCAAUGGGGAUCCCCCCUGGACGAGGAACUCCAAUGGGCAUGCCCCCACCGGGGAUGCGGCCCCCUCCCCCAGGGAUGCGAGGCCUUCUUUGACCUUGGCCACAGAGUUAUGGAAGUAGCUCCACAGAGGCGUGGGCCCAAUUCCCCAGGGCUGCGUUACCACAGACCUGUUUGUUUGUUAUGCUGUUGUUCGCGGAGUCUCACCGGAUUGUCUGGUUUCCCUUACAGGGCCCCCUCCCCCGGGAAUGCACCCACCAAGGCCCUAGACUCAUCUUGGCCCUCCUCUGCUCCCUGCCUGUUUCCCGUAAGGCUGUACAUAGUCCUUUACUUCCUUGUGGCCUGUGAAACUAGUUUAUAAUAAAUUCUUAAGAUAAUAAUAUAAA